AUGUCGUUCUUUGGCUUUGAUUCCUCGCUUCCCCGCGAGCGAGGCCAUGAUACCCGUGCCCCAGGCUUUUCCCAAGCUGCGGACCCAUUUGCUGGUCCUCGCCCAGAUGAUGACGAUGAUGCGCUAGACUUCGAAGACACGUAUGACGGUUUGGGCGAUCAAUUGGACGAAACCGACGAUGCUUUCAACGAUGAUACUUUCGGUGGGGAGAGCUUGCCUACAGCUGUGGCGAAGAAACCCGUGGGAAAAGACUUUGACUUCUUCGGGCAGACUGCCAAAGUUUCGGAUGCCAUCACUGAAGAGCAGCUCCGCUUCUCUCGACAACCACCUUCAUCUCGCAUCGCCCCUCAAAGCUCAAACGUCAACCAACCUGGGAUGAAGCCAGCCAGAACGGGUUACGAACGCUACAAAGAGCCCACUGUCGUGAGGGACAUGCAGGUUGAUGCCAGCUUGUGGGGACCAGCCGUAAUGAAAUCCCAGCCCGCGUCUACCCCAGCUGUGGAUGCACCCAUUACUCCUGGUUUGCCGUCAGGCGGUCGGAAGAUGAUGAGUUUGGAGGAGGUAGAAGCUGCCAUGCGGGCGCAGGCCAAAAAGCCAUCGCCAGCUCCAGCAAAUAGUCCAUACCAGCCCCCUCAGCCACACGAACAACCAUCGCAGCAGCAUCAGAAUUUCUCUCACCAAGGACACCAACCAGUCCCAUUUCAAAAUAGUGGGUCACCACGCGAUGGCCACCAGUCAAAUCUGGGGCAACAACCUCAGCAACCACUUCACAUUCUCCAAAGAUCUCAAGCACCUCCUAUCCAGCCAGCCACUCCUACUGGUCCAUCCCAACCGACUCAACUGCAAAAUCCCGGCAGGUAUGUCGGAGAGCAACAUCGAACUGCACCUGCUGUCCAACGGCCGGGCCAUCAAUCACGGCCCUCCAAUUCGCGUGCUCCCAUAAUCACCCAUCCCCACCAGCUUGCGAACUUGUCAGAAGAAGAGAGGAAUGCCUUCCUUCUCGAGGAUGCCAAAAGAGCGAAACGGAACCACAAAAUAUUUGUGCUUUCCAAGGAUAAUGGCCUCAUGACCCCACAAGAUAAGAAUUUCAUCACUCGUAUCCAAUUACAACAACUCGUUACAGCUACGGGAAAUCCAAAUGAACAUGGAAGCGAUCCCGCGCUAUCGGAAGAUUUUUACUAUCAAGUACAUAAUCAAAUCCGGGGUGGACCACGUCAACACCCUGGACAACCAUUGAGCAACUUUGCCCAAACUUAUUUAUUUCAGACUGGAGGACGUCAUGGUGGGAUGAGACGACAGCAUCGGGGAGGGGACAACCACAUGCAGCGAAUGGAGCAGCAGGUAGCUCGAGCUGUAGAGGCUGCAAAGAACAAACCCAAAAAUAAGCAACUGGUGAUUGAGGGAAGUUUGGGGAAAAUAUCAUUCAGCAAUGCCAAGACGCCUAAACCGCUUCUUAACAUCAAGCGUACUGACAGUGGAGCCGAUGUUCGUCCCAGUAGUGCUGCACAUAAUCGUAAGUCUCAACUCGCAAGUAUUCACGGUUACGACAGGAAGACUGUGCUUUUGGAUAUCGAAAACGUGUACAACACUUUGAUGAAAAUGGAAGAUCAUGAGCGUCACCAACCACCACCUGUUGCCGCCGAUGAUAUUAAUCCCGAAUUGCAUGGGCUAAACCAGGAUUGGAAAAUCAGACAAGAUCAACUCAAUGCCGAGCUUUGGCAUCACCUGAAGGUUCACGAACCCAUUGGCGGCCCAAAUAUACAUCCGUUCAUCGCCUUCUUAUCCUUUAGCAAAGGUAAAAAAGCUAUCCCUCGCGUAUUCCGGCACAUUACCGGCGAACAAAAGACCACAAUUUUGACCAUGAUUGUCGUUCAUCUGGAUCAGCUGGAUGUCGUUCGUGAGGGUCUUAUCCCACAGGGUGAUAUUCAGCUAAACGCGUCCACUCGAGAGAAGGUCGAGCUGUUCUCACUAGCUGUCAUGCACACACUCUUUGGAUAUCUCAACGAUGCCGACCUAGCUAUUGUUGCUGGCCUCUUAGGUCUCAUUUUGAGCCGAACGAAUACUGAGCUUAUUUCUCGAACACGGAUUGGGGUGAGUAUGUUGACGAUGCUUCUGAGUCGAGCCGAACUUAUCAAGCAAUCUGGAGGCAACGAACAGGAGUGGGACAAUUGGGUGGGCAUGUACAACACUUUCUUUGAUACCCUGGAACCUACGUUGGCACACAUUUUCCCUGGCACUGUAAAUACCGGGGAGGAUGUCUACGUUUGGCAGUUCCUUGCGGCUAUUGGGAUUGGUGCGAGCCCGGAGCAACAACAAAGACUUGUCAUGGCCGUGAAAGACCGCGUCAUGGAUACCGUUUCGCAUGCCAAAACCCUCCCUGCGGCGAUGUCAAGCCAGCGUCUAGCUAAUGUUAAUCUCUUCAUGCGAUCCAUUGGGUUGGACGUGGAGUUACUCGCAUAG